UCCGAAAUCGAUCCUUCGAUCCGACAUCGAUUCUCAAACAAUCCAGUGAUUGGUAUUGAUACCAGUGAAGGUCACUGCACAUGUCGGUGCAGCAGGCCGUUCUUUGCUGUAAAGGACAGUCCUGCUAGUGUUGCUAAUGUUUCCGGGUGUGUAUAUCCAUGCCACGCUCCAGAACAAAGUCACAAGGAUCAAAAAUUUUUAACGGCCUGGAUAACAACUUGGUCUGGCACUUGUUUCAUACUAUCAGCAUUUACGGUAUUGACAUUUCUGAUUGAAACGGAACGCUUCCAGUAUCCAGAGCGGCCAAUAUUUUUGUUGGCCUUCUGUCAGUUGAUGGUAUCAGUUGGCUUUAUCAUCCGCGUUAUUUAUGGACACGAGCAUAUCGCAUGUGACACGACAACCAUAAGAUCCAGUGAUCAGCAAAUGAACCUUUGUCAGUUGGUUUUCCUGCUGGUGUACUUCUUUGGGAUGGCAGGAUCGGUGUGGUGGGUCAUUUUAUCUCUAACUUGGGUUCUAGCAGCGGCUAACAAGUGGUCUAGCGAAGCGAUUGCUAGUUACGCAAACUAUUUUCAUUUUGUCGCUUGGUCCAUACCGGCUAUCCAAACAGUUACAGUGCUCAUCUUCGGUGCUGUGGAUGGCGAUCCGCUAAGCGGAAUUUGUUAUGUUGGGAAUACCAAUGUCGAUCAUCUGAGAACAUUUGUUUUCGUGCCACUCUCAAUAUAUUUGGUUAUUGGAGUGUGUUUUCUGAUUGUCGGCUUCUUUAAUCUAUGGCGCAUUCGGUCGUUAAUGCAGAAGCACCAUCCAGGCGGCGACAACACGUCGAAAAUGACGCAGCUUAUGUCCAAAAUUGGCAUCUUCUCGGUGCUUUACAUAGUACCGGCAAUAUUUGUCCUCAUGGUCCUAUCGUAUGAGCAGCAUUAUCGUCCGCUCUGGGAGCGUUCGCAGUUAUGCAGUUGCGCCGAACAGUUCGAUCAACAACCAGACACAUUUACUUUACUAACGUUGAUAAAAAGUGCAUCGAUGCUGGUUGUUGGUUGGACAUCCGGCGUUUGGAUUAUUUCUCGAAAAACCAUCCAGAGCUGGAAGCGUGUGUUAUGCUGCCUAAAUGUACCAACAGCUCCGAAGCACAAGUACCAACCCGCUGAUAUAAUUUAUGCCCGAAGUGACUGUAUAACACCGCAUAUGUACAACAAGGCGUUACGACAUUGUCAAGGAUACAGCACACCUAUUCUGCCGGAAAAAAUUUAA